AGCUUUGAGUAAGCGUAAAGGGCAAAUCAGGAAUUACAAAAAAUUGUAUUCGCAUCAUCUAUUGAACCCUUAACCUUACCCUGUUUUUCGUUUUAUCUUCUCACUUUACACACUCUCACUGUUUCUCUCUUUCUCUUUCGCUCUCUCCCUUCAACUCCGCGGCGUAGAUCCGGGGAGUUUUUGGGAAACCCUAACUCCGUUCACUAACGCCGUCACUUUUCGCUUUUCUCCACUUUCAAGCUAUGGCUGGACUUGCACCCGAGGGGUCACAGUAUGAUGCUGGCAAAUAUGACAAAAGAAUGAUUGAUGUAAUUGGCACGGAUGAGGAUUUUUGGACUGUUUCUGAUGAGGCUUAUGAUAGUUUUGAUGCUAUGGGACUGCAAGAGAAUCUCCUCAGGGGAAUUUAUGCAUAUGGUUUUGAAAAGCCAUCAGCCAUUCAGCAAAGGGGAAUAGUCCCCUUCUGCAAGGGACUUGAUGUUAUUCAACAGGCUCAGUCUGGAACUGGAAAGACAGCAACUUUCUGCUCUGGUGUUCUGCAGCAACUUGACUACAGUUUGACUCAGUGCCAAGCCUUGGUUUUAGCUCCAACUCGGGAGCUUGCUCAGCAGAUUGAGAAGGUUAUGCGUGCACUUGGAGAUUAUCUAGGUGUUAAGGUGCAUGCUUGUGUGGGAGGUACUAGUGUUCGUGAAGACCAACGUAUUCUAUCAAGUGGAGUUCAUGUUGUGGUUGGUACUCCUGGUCGUGUGUUUGAUAUGCUGCGUAGACAGUCUCUUCACCCGGAUAACAUCAAGAUGUUUGUGUUGGAUGAGGCUGAUGAGAUGCUUUCUCGAGGGUUCAAAGAUCAGAUCUACGAUAUAUUUCAACUGCUGCCAAAUAAGAUUCAGGUGGGAGUUUUCUCUGCUACAAUGCCUCCUGAGGCACUUGAGAUCACAAGAAAGUUUAUGAACAAACCUGUGAGGAUCCUUGUGAAGCGUGAUGAGCUGACCUUGGAGGGUAUUAAGCAGUUUUAUGUCAAUGUUGACAAAGAGGAAUGGAAGCUGGACACACUCUGUGAUCUUUACGAGACACUAGCCAUCACUCAGAGUGUCAUUUUUGUUAACACCAGAAGAAAAGUUGAUUGGUUGACUGACAAGAUGCGAAGCCGAGACCAUACUGUCUCAGCUACUCAUGGAGACAUGGAUCAGAAUACCAGAGACAUUAUUAUGCGUGAAUUCCGUUCUGGGUCUUCUCGUGUUUUAAUAACUACCGAUCUCUUGGCACGUGGAAUUGAUGUCCAACAAGUGUCUUUGGUUAUUAAUUUUGAUCUCCCUACACAGCCUGAGAACUAUCUCCAUCGUAUUGGUCGUAGUGGACGGUUUGGUAGAAAAGGUGUUGCCAUUAACUUCGUCACAAAGGAUGAUGAAACAAUGCUGCAUGAUAUCCAGAAGUUUUACAAUGUGAUAGUUGAGGAGCUGCCAUCAAAUGUUGCUGAGCUUCUCUGAUGAGAUUUUGUCCUCCAUAUAUUAGACAAAAAUUAGUACCUAUGGUAAGUGUUAUGUAGUAUUUGGCCCUGCCCCUUCUUUUUGGUUUUAUUUCCGCUUUUGAACUUUCUUUGAUAGUCUUGGUAAUUUAUGUUUCAUUGUCAAGUUGUCUAAGUUAUUCAAGGGGAUAGGUGCUUUGCAUUGUGGAUUUCCAUUAUUGGCCAAUUGGUGUUUGACACUCGUUGCACAUUUCUAGAAGGCAAUUUUUCUAGUGUGCA